CGCGAAUCCCGCGAACCCCGGAAACAACCACGCCUUGAAGCAAGCUUUUGCACCGCGAACUAUAUAGCGAUAUGACUCACGUCCUUCCCCCACCCAAUUUCACAAUUAACACACCCCAUGACUGAAGUAAUCAGUUGCCUCACUCUUACCCUGGCUCGAUAUCUUCGCGACCAUGAGCGUCAUCUUGGAGACUUCCUUGGGUGAUAUCGUUAUAGAUCUUUUGAUCGAUUCUUCCCCCAAAGCUUGUGAGAAUUUUUUGAAGUUAUGCAAGGUCAAGUAUUACAAUUUUUCACCGAUGAAGCAUGCAGAACGUGGCACGGUUAGCAUGGCUACGGUCCCUUCCACAAAAGAUCCUGACGAGCGCCUUGCCGCCAGUCAGUUCAUCAUAACUCUUGGAGAUAAUCUGGACUAUCUCGAUGGGAAAGCUGCUAUAUUUGGGAAGGUGGUAGAGGGAUUCGAUGUCUUGGAGAAGAUUAAUGAUGCGUUCAUUGAUGAUAAGGGGCGUCCACUUAAAGAUAUCCGAAUUCGGCAUACGGUGAUCUUAGACGACCCAUUUGAUGACCCUCCAGGUCUUGUGGUACCCACAGAGAGCCCGCUCCCUUCGAAGGCGCAACUGGCGACGGUAAUGAUUGCAGACGAUGAAGAGUUGGACGAAAACAUUGAUGAGGAGGCGGUGGAAAAGCUACGGCGGGAACGCGAGGCUCGGGCGCAGGCGUUAACCUUAGAAAUGGUUGGGGAUUUGCCGUUUGCUGAGGUUAAGCCACCAGAGAACGUGCUCUUCGUAUGCAAACUAAAUCCUGUAACUCAAGAUGAGGAUCUUCAUCUCAUUUUUAGUCGAUUUGGACCGAUCCUCUCCUGUGAGGUGAUAAGGGAUAAGCGGACAGGCGACAGUCUGCAGUAUGCAUUUAUCGAAUUUGAGAACCAAAAGGACUGUGAACAAGCUUAUUUUAAAAUGCAAGGUGUUUUGAUUGAUGACCAUCGAAUCCAUGUCGACUUCUCUCAAAGUGUUUCGAAAUUAUCAGAUAGUUGGCGAAAUGCCACAAAUUCCAAGAGAGCCAGUCAACAGGGUGGGUUUGGGGGAAUAUCCGGCUUAGAGAAGCGGCGUCAAUACAGAGCUUCCGAGGCGCCAGGACGAGAUGGUUAUGGAAUGGUAUUCGAUAAAGAGGAUAUGCGCAGGAGGGGGGAUAUUGAAUCUUACAGGCGUUCUCGGAGUCGAAGCCCAGCCAGACGACAUAGACAUCGGAGCAGGUCUCCAUCGCGUCGCCGGUAUGAAGAUGAUGGUGUUGGACGGUACCGACAGAGCAAGGACUCCUGGAGAUACAAGCGGGAAAGCGAAGGGCGUCCGCGGUGACAAAUAGCCAUCUCCUGUAAAUUCAAUGCCCGAUGUGCAAUAUAUUCUCCUUGUCAUUUAAAAAUUUGUCUCCGUAGAAAAGUUAAAACGGGAAAUGUUCGCUCUGAAAGUUCCUGAGUUUUGAGCUGGAUCGUGUUCGUUGCGCCACUGUGAUUG